UGCACGCUCCGCUGUGUUUCUGAGAGAAGCUUUGGUGGUUCCGGGUUCCGUGGUGAGUCCGGCUGCUAGGAGCUGUGAGGAGAGCAGGGCGAGCUGGGGAUCCGCGCUAUGGAUGCAGUGACCUAUGAGGAUGUGCAUGUGAACUUCAGUCAUGAAGAGUGGGCUUUGCUGGAUCCUUCCCAGAAGAGUCUCUAUAGAGAUGUGAUGUUGGAAACCUACUGGAACCUCACUGUUAUUGGUUACAAAUUGGAAGAUCACAAUGUUGAAGAAUACUGUCAGAGGUAUAGAAGACAUAGAAGGUAUAACAUCUGUCAUUGUGGAUACAAGCCUUGUGAGCAUAGGGGAUAUGGAAAGAACCAAUAUAUCUUUGCUUGUAACAAUUUUCUUCAAAUAUAUGAUAGAAUCCAAACUGAAGAGAAACCAUAUGGAUGUAAUCAAUGCAGUAAAGCUUUUGCAAAUUUCCGUAGUCUUCGAAAACAUGAACAAAACCAUACUAGAGAAAAACCUUAUGAGUGUAGUCAAUGCAGUAAAGCCUUUCCGAGUCGCAGUUCUCUUCAAAUACAUGAAAGAACUCAUACAGGAGAGAAACCCUAUGACUGUAAUGAAUGUGGUAAAGCCUUUUCAACUCGAAGUCAUCUUCAAAUACACAAAAGAACUCAUACAGGAGAGAAACCAUAUGAUUGCAAUGAGUGUGGUAAAGCAUUUGCACGUAGCAGCAAUCUUCAAAUACACAAGAGAAGUCAUACAGGAGAGAAACCCUAUGAUUGCAAUGAAUGUGGUAAAGCCUUUGCAUGUCGCAGUCAUCUUCAAAUACACAAAAGAACUCAUACGGGAGAGAAACCUUAUGAUUGUGAUGAAUGUGGUAAAGCCUUUGCAACUCGCAGUCAUCUUCAAAUACAUGAAAGAACUCACACUGGAGAGAAACCUUAUAAAUGUAAUCAAUGCGGUAAAGCCUUUAUAGGUCGCAGUCAUCUUCAAAUACAUAAAAGAGUGCACACUGGAGAGAAACCUUAUGAGUGUAAUCAGUGUGGUAAAGCUUUUGCAUAUAAUAGUGAUCUUCACCGACAUGAAAUAAUUCAUACGGGAGAGAAACCCUAUGGAUGUAAUCAGUGUGGUAAAGCCUUUGCAAGUCGUAGUAGUCUUCGAAAUCAUGAGGAACAUCAUACUCUUGAAAAACCGUAUGAAUGCACUCUAUGUGGUAAAGCCUUUGCAUUUUGCAGUAAUCUUUAUAUCCAUGCGAGAUGUCAUACUGGAGAGAAACCUUAUGUAUGUACUCAGUGUGGUAAAGCCUUUGCACGUCGCAGUCACCUUCAUAUACAUGAAAGGAUUCAUGCUGGAGAGAAACCUUAUGAGUGUAAUCAAUGUGGAAAAGCUUUUCUACUUCGCAGUAGUCUUCAAAUACAUGAAAGAACUCAUACUGGAGAGAAACCUUAUGUAUGUAAUCAGUGCGGUAAAGCCUUUGCACGUCAGAGUCUUCUUCAAAUACAUGAAAGAAGUCACACUGGAGAGAAACCUUAUGCGUGUAAUCAGUGCAGUAAGGCCUUUGUAUGUCGUAGUAGUCUUCAAAUGCAUGAAAGAACUCAUACUGGAGAGAAACCUUAUGAAUGUAAUCAGUGUGGCAAAGCCUUCACACGUCGCAGUCUUCUCCAGAAACAUGAAAGAAGUCAUAGUGGAGAGAAACCUUAUGAGUGUAAUCAGUGUGGUAAAGCCUUUGCAAGUCGUAGUAGUCUUCGAAAUCAUGAAAAACAUCAUACUAUUGAGAAACCUAAUGAAUGUAAUCAGUGUGCUAAAGCGUUUACAUCUCUCCUGCCAUCUUCAAAUAUAUGAAAGAAACCACACUGGAAAGAAUUUCUGAGUGUAGUCAAUGUAGAAAAUCCUUUACAAGUCACAGUUAUCUUCAAAUACACAAAAGAAAUCACAGUGGAGAGAAAC